CAGCAGCCCUGUUGUAAAUUAAUGCAAACAUAUACAUAACUUAUACCUAUAUAAAGAUUCAUGAAUCAAAACCUUUUCCACAACAACCAAUCAAUCCAUCAACAUUCUCAAUUAGAAUUUAGAAGAACAAAAUUCAGAUAAUAAACAUUAAAAAUGGCAACUUCAAAUGUUGGUGGAGAUAGAUACAGAUCCUACUUAACUCCAGAGGAGCUCAAGACCACUCAAUGGCGAGCCGGCCCGCCUAAUUACGACGCGGUUAAUAAGCUCUUUGAAGAUGGUAGAACCAAGGUGUGGGAAGCUGGAUCAUUAGAAGAAUAUGUGCAGAAUCUAAUCAAGACAUGGGAAAUGGAGAUAGUCCACAAGGCCAACCCACAAGAUUGCAAAACAUUUGACCCAAAAAACUUCGUCAUAGGCAUCAAUGGUAAAAGGUACUACACAUUGGAAGAAGUUGGGAAGAUCGGUGGAAGUUACCAAAUCUUUCUCCAAACUUCGUUGCCACCCGAGUUGAGAAUGUACAACCCGGAUAACGAGACGUACGACUCGUCUCAAACGGCUUUUAAGCAAGUUUUUCCACGUGGAUUUGCUGUGGAGAUUCUUGAGGUCUACUCUGGCCCACCAGUGAUCGCGUACAAGUUCAGGCAUUGGGGAUAUUUCGAAGGGUCCUUCAAGGGCCAUGCUCCAACUGGGGAAUUGGUUGAGAUUUUCGGCAUGUCGAUUGUUGAGAUGAAUGAAGAGAAGAAGAUUGUGAAGAUUGAGUUUUUUUAUGACCGUGGGGAAUUGUUGGCUGGUCUAGUUAAGGGAAAAACUUCAGAGGAAUAUGCAGGGGAUGAGGCUAAGGAAUCAGCCUGCCCUUUCAUGGCUUAAUUAAUAUUUUUUAGUUUUUAUCUUUUGUUGUUUCUAAUUGUGUUUUAUGUGGUAGUAACUAGUAAGUUUGGAAUAAAUUAGUCGAUUGAAAAUGCGUUAUCGUCUCAAACUAAUUUCAUAUUAGGGUUUAUGUAUGGUUUAUGGACAAAAAAUCGAUUGGUUCUACAAAAAAUAAAAAAUAAAAAAUCGAUUAUUUGUAUUUUGCAAAUUCGGUUGUUAGUCAAACCAACCUAUGAACAACUCUACGAAUCUCGGAAUUAUUGGUGGGACUUUGUACUGUAGACUAGAAAAGUUGCCGGUCGCAAUUUCUCUUCUAAUUUUAAUCUUCAACUAAAAAAUUUGUCUUA